AUGCAUCGCCGCGGACUGGGCGAGCAACCACUUGGCGGCCGCGGGGAAAAUCAUACCGCUGUCCGCGACGGUGACCAGCAACAGUACCAGCUUACCCGCCACCGCCCUGCUGUUCGCGCACAUCUGGCUGCUGCACCCGAUCGGCACGCUGGACGCGAAAAAGGUCCUGAACAAGCAGAAGAUCUUUUGGCCCUACGUGCUUCAGGGCUUCUUGAUCAAAAUCGCCUUUUGGCGGGAGAUGAUCACGGCCGAAAAAGUGUACGUGUCGAAUUACGGCCUCAUCCAGAUGCAGACCGACGCGAUCGUGCUGGCGAUCUUUCUGCAGUUCAUAGGCCGGUGGGGGUCGUUUCUGCGAUUGCGAUUGAGGUUUAA